CCACGCGCCCUUGCGGCUAAUCGUACUCGUCGUUUCGUACGUGCUGACUUGGAUGUCCCUUUUCUUUCCAUUGUUUCCCUCUUCGUUCGGGACGAGGCCUCGCCGUCGCGGUGACGCGAUCGCGCAACGCUUUUCUUUCCUUCUCACGCCUUUGCCCUCGACCCCUCGCCCCUUCCAAGCCGCUCACGACCUCCAUAAAUAGUCGCCACCGCCGGCGACCAACACCAUCACAGCACUACACCGAUCCACAGCUGCUUCACCGCUCACGGCCUUCUUCAUUCCGACAGAGCACACUAGGCAUCUAAUAAGCUAAGCUAGCAAGAUGUGUGGCGGUGCGAUCCUCGCCGAGCUCAUACCGAGCGCGACGGCCGGCGGCAAGGGCCGGAAGCGGGCCCCCGCCGCGGCGGCCAAGGACGACGACUUCGAGGCCGCCUUCCGGGAGUUCGACGAGGACUCCGACGAAGAGGUCGUGCUGGUGACGGAGCGCAAGGCGUUCGCGUUCGGCGCCGCUGCCGGGGCUCGGCGCAGCAGGCGGCCGAGCCAGUACCACGGCGUCCGGCGCCGUCCGUUGGGCAAGUGGGCGGCCGAGGUCCGCGACCCCGUCAAGGGCGUCCGCGUCUGGCUCGGCACCUUCGCCACCGCCGAAGCCGCCGCGCGCGCCUACGACGACGCGGCGCGCGACCUCCGCGGCGCCGGCGCCAAGCUCAACUUCCCGACGUCGUCCUCCGCCACGGCGCGCACCAGCAAGCGCAGCGCCGCCGGCGCCGCCAAGGCGGCGCCGUACGUCGACCUCGUCGACGGAGACGAUGUUCCUGACGCGGCGCACGCGCCGUCAGUCAAGAGCGAGGCGGAGACCAGCGACAGUGUCUCCGACGCCAGCGGCUGCAGCACCCUGCCGGACUUCUCGUGGCAGGGCAUGUCCGCGACCGACGACGGCGCGACGUGGCCUGCUGCUGGCUUCCACGUUGAGCUCGGCAGACCCAGCAAGCGGGCCGGGACGGAACCCCAGGAACCCGAGGAGGAGGAAAUGGCGCCUCCACCGGCGGCGUCCGAGGAAUCCGCCGACAUGCUGUUGGACGCUUUCAUGUUCGGCGACCAUUUCAGCUUCUUCAACGGCGGCGCGUACGAGUCUCUGGACGGCCUGUUCGGCGGCGACGCGUCGCUGUCGCUGGGCAACGAGGGCGUGGGGCUCUGGAGCUUCGACGACACCGUGUGCUAUUAGGCUUAAGCUUUCCUUCAUUCAUCUACCCUGUUUUCCCGGAGAAGUGCUCGCUUCAUCGUCCUGCACUGUUGCUCGUGUUCUGUACAAAUGCUCUCGUUGCUAUGAAUCCUUGCGGUUUGUAAUCACAUGUUGCAUCAUUGAGGUUUUCAAGUCUUCA